UUACAUUUUCAAAUGUGUUUUCUGAUGAUCCUGAUGAAGAGUACAAGCUAGAACUUGUUGAGCUAACAAUACAUUAUUCUCUAAGUGUUAACUCUCAGACUUUUUCCUGUUCUAAGUGCACCUUGGAAGAAGUACCAGAGGAAGCGGUCAUAGUGCUAUGCUGCAGCCAUAGAUGAAGACCACCAUGGAUACCAGAGCUUGUAUCAGAAGGGAGUACUUUGCCAUCUUCUUCUUUCUGGCUGCGGCUGUCUCCAUCAUUGUGUUACAUAACAUGGAAGUUCUGGAGACCACCUGCCAGAUUCAGCAUAAAGUGAACUCCACCACCAUCAUUGCCCCGAGAGUUUCCACUGUCCCUGACGUGCAUCGCAGCUUCUGCACCUUCCAGCCACUGUCUCCUAACGACGCUCUGGAGGAACGCCUCCUACUGGACUCCAUUGCUUGGCCUAAAACUCCAGUAUUGCCAGCUCCUCUUUCCCUGGAGAAGACCAGUGAUCCAGCUCACAGCUCCUUCACCAUUCUCCCAAGGAGGGGAGGAGGACAGUGGCACGUAGGGGAUCAGCUGGAGGUUAAGAUCAAUAUGUCUGAUUUCCAGGGCCGUCCCAAGAAGUCUGGAGGGGACUUCUUACUCGCCCGACUGCACAACCAGAAGCUUGGUGCAGGUGUGGUUGGGCAAGUGGUGGAUCAUCUGAAUGGCAGCUACUCUGCUGUAUUCUCUUUACCCUGGGAAGGAGAUGCGCAGGUUGAGGUGACGCUGGUUCACCCUAGUGAGGCUGUCCCAGUGCUGAACCGGCUAAACGGCGAACAGCCUGACAGGAUUUACUUUAAGAGCCUCUUCCGCUCUGGCUCAAUCUCUGAAACUACCAUCUGUAACGUCUGCCUACGUCCAACCCAGCCGCUGUGCAACUACACUGACCUCCGUACAGGCGAGCCUUGGUUCUGCUACAAGCCAAAGAAGCUGAGCUGUGAUGCCAGGAUCAACCACGCAAUGGGAAACUACAAACAAAACCUCAGGGCCUACGAGCAUAAGCUCUUUCAAAGGGGUGUCAACUUGAAAGUCUUCAUUCGGGCUUCAGGACUUAAUAUUGUCACUAUUUUGCCAAAAAUGAAAGGCCAAUCAGAGGUGAAGAGCAGCAGUGUGAAGUCUGGACCCUCUGGUUAUUACUACCAGGGUGUGUGGCGAGCACUAGGUGGCACCACAGUUCGCCAAUUUAACAACUCUGCCAUCGGUCAGUGUCUGAAAGGAAAGGUGGUCUACAUGUAUGGAGACUCUACCGUCAGGCAGUUUUUUGAGUACCUCAACGCAGUACUACCAGGCCUUAAGGAGUUUGACCUGCACAGCCCGAAAAAAGCUGGACCGUACAUCUCCUUGGACUAUGCAAACAACAUCUUGUUGAUGUCACGCUUCCACGGUCCUCCUAUCCGUAUUGUCACUGUCCCAACCAGCGAGCUUCGUUACGUUGCCAAUGAAAUUGAUGGCUUGGUCGGAGGCACGAACGCUGUCGUCCUUUUUGGCAUUUGGGCUCACUUUGGAACUUUCCCCAUGGAGAUCUACAUCCGGCGGCUGCAGAACAUCCGCAGGGCGGUGGCACGGCUGCUAGACAGGGCUCCAGGCACGGUGGUCAUCAUCCGGACAGGGAACGCCAAAGCUUUGUCACUUAGUGUGUCACUAACCAACAGCGACUGGUACUCGCUGCAGUGUAACAAGGUGCUCAGAGCCGUGUUCAAAGGACUGAACGUUCAUCUGAUCGAUGCCUGGGAGAUGGUUCUUGCCCACCAACUGCCACACAACCUCCACCCACCAUCUCCCAUAAUUAAAAAUAUGAUUAACGUUAUCUUGUCCUACGUGUGCCCUCAAAAGGGCGGCUAGGUGUGUGUGUGUGUGUGUGUGUGUGUGUGUGUGUGUGUGUGUGUGUGUGUGUGUGUGUGUGUGUGUGUGUGUGUGUGUGUGUGUGUGUGUGUGUGUGUGUGUGUGUGUGUGUGUGUGUGUGUGUGUGUGUGUGUGUGUGUGUGUGUGUGUGUUGGGGGAGAGGAGUGGGGAUUAAAACGCAAUCUGUUUCUGCCAAGUGUUGUGAUUUUUACUUCAGCAGUCCAUGCACCGACUAGACUAACUACAAUGUUUCUAUUUUUAUUUUCAGUCAGGGAAUGUUGAGUGAGCACAAAAGAAACACGACUGGAUGGAAAGCAGCUCCAAGCUGGGUUGGGUAUAACAAACGUCUUAAUAAUCAUACUUAUCACAUACUGUACAACUUCAUGCCCGAGUCUUGGGAUUGUCAAGAAAAAAUUCCAGUCAGGCAGGAAAUUACGAACCAAUGUAGAAUCUGAUUAAGCAGAUUAAGAACUUCCUUACAUAACUCAUAGCCAGUCUAUGAAAGAAACAAUGGGGUUCUAACGACAAUAGGCAGGGAUUUAAAGCAACACUAGAGAACUUUUCCCGCUUUGUUUGAUUGUCUCACUGGAACUACAGCUCGCACUACCCGAUCUGGCAAACUUGCAUAAUGUAAUGUAACGGGUAAUUCUGCUUUACUGUGGGAAAAGUUCUCUAGUGUUGCUUAAGACACUCCAGCAUUUACCUGUACUCUGCUGGUUUGACUCCAAGGUGCGAUGUAGUCACUGUAGCUCACCAUAGUUUUCUUUUAAGUGCAAUUAAUGUUGUGGUUUCAAGAAACAAGUUAGGGUACAAAUAUACGUUACCUUCCUGGUAAAAUAAAUUCUGGAUCUGAUA